AUGGAUACAAUAGUGCACAAGUACGUAGAAGUAAACGGGCUCAAGCUUCACGUGGCCGAGGUCGGAAACGAGUCAUCACCGGCUGUUGUUUUCUUGCACGGCUUCCCCGAGAUAUGGUACACUUGGCGCCACCAGAUGAUUGGCGUAGCCAAUGCCGGUUAUAGGGCCAUUGCACCCGACUUCAGAGGUUAUGGGCUAUCUGAUCAUGGCAGUGAACCCGAGAAUACUUCCUUCGCUGACAUGCUUAAUGACACAAUUGCAAUUCUUGAUUCUCUCAAUAUUUACAAGGUGUUUGUAAUUGGCAAAGAUUUUGGGGCAUUUGUAGCUUAUGCAUUUGCGCUUCUCCAUAGCGAAAGGGUCUUAGGAGUCGUAACACUUGGGGUGCCAUUUAUUCCUCCUGGUCCGCUCGUAAGCCAUGAAAGCCUUCCAGAGGGCUUCUACAUCUCAAGAUGGCGGGAUAUUGGAAGAGCUGAAGCUGAUUUCAGCCGUUUUGAUGCAAAAACAGUUGUGAAAAACGUCUACAUUUUAUUUUCCAAAAGUGAAAUCCCGAUUGCUGAUGAAAACCAAGAGAUAAUGGAUCUUGUGGAGUCAGAUACGCCUCUGCCCCCGUGGUUCACUGAGGAUGAUCUAGUCGCAUAUGGUGAUUCGUUUGAAAAAUCUGGAUUUCGCACUGCCCUUAAGGUUCCCUAUAGGUCGUUACUAGACGACAGGUUUGAGUUUAACAUAGAGGACCCGAAAGUUGAAACUCAAGCACUACUGAUUAUGGGUGAAAAGGACUAUCUUUAUAAAUUUCCGGGGGUUGAAGAUGUGAUUAAUGGAGAUGAAAUGAAGAAGUAUGUACCUAAUUUAGAGGUGACAUAUGUGCCUGAAGGAUCACAUUUUGUUCAAGAGCAAUUCCCUGAUAAAGUGAACAAGAUAAUCCUCACUUUCAUUGACAGAUAGUGAAUUCCUACUACGCCAACUACACUAUUGCUUGUCGGUUUUGCAA